AUGUCUUGCCCCAUUGAAGAAAUUGUCAAACACUAUGAAUUUGAUCCCUCAAUCAUUCAACGCAUCGCAAAGCGAACAUCCAAACCUGCGCUUUCAAUUGAGCCCCCAAACCCGAAUUGGCCACAACAGUUCCAAGAGAUCCAGUCUCUUAUAAAGAACGCUGUCGGUACUGUAGCCGUUAGCAUAACUCAUGUCGGCUCGACAUCGGUGCCAAAUCUUCCCGCCAAGGACGUUAUCGAUAUCGAUCUUGCCGUUGAAAAUCCGUCGGAUGAGGACGCCUACGCGCCCGCACUUGAGAAUGCAGGGUUUCAGUUCCUCAUACGCGAGCCUGAGUGGAACGAACAUCGCUUCUUCGCCAUGCACAAGCCGUACUCCUGCAAUUUGCAUGUCUUCAAGGUCGGGACUGCGGAGUUGGCGAGGCAUCUCAUCAUGAAGGAGUGGUUGAUUGAACAUGACGAUGACAGGGAUCUGUAUGCGAAGACCAAAAUGGAGGCCGCAGGUGUGAGUAACUCACUGGGUGAGACAGUGGGGGAGUAUAACUUUAGGAAAGAGAAUGUCAUCCGUGCUAUCCUCGAACGGGCAUUCAAGGCAAAAGGAUAUCUUCCGGCAAACAACAAGUGGGAGAAAUGUUCCAACAAGACAUAG